AUGGACCUGCUGCAGUUUGCCUACAGGCCGGGCAUCGGAGUCGAGGACGCCAUCAUCUCCCUCCUCCAUCGCUCCCUGUCCCACCUGGAGAAACCUGGCUCCACUGUGAGGAUUCUGUUCUUCGACUUCUCCAGCGCCUUCAACACCAUCCAGCCGCGGCUUCUUAGGGACAAGCUGGAGACAGCUGGAGUGGACUACGACCUGUCCCAGUGGAUUCUAGACUACCUCACAGACAGACCCCAACACAACACGGACGGUUGUGUUCUACAGGAGUUCUCUGACGACUCUGCCAUCAUCGGACUCAGCUCCGAGGACGAUGACACAGAGUACAGAGGAGUUAUACAGGACUUUGUGGACUGGUGUCAGCGGAACCACCUCCUCAUCAACGUGAGGAAGACCAAGGAGAUGAACCACCUCCUCAUCAACGUGACGAAGACCAAGGAGAUGAACCACCUCCUCAUCAACGUGAGGAAGACCAAGGAGAUGAACCACCUCCUCAUCAACGUGACGAAGACCAAGGAGAUGAACCACCUCCUCAUCAACGUGACGAAGACCAAGGAGAUGAACCACCUCCUCAUCAACGUGAGGAAGACCAAGGAGAUGAACCACCUCCUCAUCAACGUGAGGAAGACCAAGGAGAUGAACCACCUCCUCAUCAACGCGGGGAAGACCAAGGAGAUGAACCACCUUCUCAUCAACGUGAGGAAGACCAAGGAGAUGAACCACCUCCUCAUCAACGUGAGGAAGACCAAGGAGAUGAACCACCUUCUCAUCAACGUGAGGAAGACCAAGGAGAUGAACCACCUCCUCAUCAAUGUGAGGAAGACCAAGGAGAUGAACCACCUCCUCAUCAACGUGAGGAAGACCAAGGAGAUGAACCACCUCCUCAUCAACGUGAGGAAGACCAAGGAGAUGAACCACCUCCUCAUCAACGUGAGGAAGACCAAGGAGAUGAACCACCUCCUCAUCAACGUUGAGGUGACGUCGGGAAAACAUGUCCGGAUGACGUCGGGAAAAGACGUCCGGAUGACGUCGGGAAAAGACGUCCGGAUGACGUCGGGAAAAGACGUCCGGAUGACGUCGGGAAAACACGUCUGGAUGACGUCGGGAAAACACGUCCGGAUGACGUCGGGAAAACACGUCCGGAUGACGUCGGGAAAAGACGUCCUGUCCAACGGAACUCACAUCAUGUACAAGAACACAGUGUGGAUCGAGAGUGUGAACAACACGGGGAACGUCAUCACUCGAGAUAAGACCAUCAAUGUGGAGUUCUCUUGUGCAUACGAGCUGGACCUCAAGAUCUCCCUGGAGACCGUCCUCAAGCCUAUGCUCAGUGUGAUCAACCUGACCCUGCCCACCCAGGAGGGGAACUUCAUCACAAAAAUGGCACUAUACAAGAACGGCUCGUACCGACACCCUUACCGCGAGGGCGAGGUGGUCCUGAGCACGCGGGAUGUCCUGUACGUGGGUGUCUUUGUGGAAGGAGCUGAUGAGAACCAACUGAUUCUCAUUGUCAAUAUGUGCUGGGCCACUCCUUCACGCUUCAGUGGUGACCGCCUGCGUUACAUCAUCAUCGAGAGAGGGUGUCCGAACACAAAAGACAGCACGAUUGGCAUGGCAGAAAACGGCGUGGGGCUGACGUGUCGCUUCCAUGUGACAGUUUUUAAGUUCAUUGGAGACUACGAUGAGGUGCACCUCCACUGUGAUGUCACGCUGUGUGACUCCGACACCAAUGCCUGCAAAGUGAACUGUCCACACAAGCAGAGGAUGUACUCAGAGGACACUGAUCAUAAAGAGCACAUCCUGUCAGUAGGGCCCAUUCGCCGCAGAGAUGACAUCACCAUUCUUCGCUCCCAGGUGGAAAACAUGGCUAAAGAAAUGGUCAAGUUGGAGAACAAAUGCGCAGACUUGGAAUCACGAUCGCAUAGGAACAAUAUUCGCAUUAUAGGGUGUUAUUGUUAUCCCCGUGUUAUUGUGGCGAGGCUAGAUUAUUACUCAGACUGUGCCAAUAUCCUCCGGAGAGCUAAGGAGCUACAGAGGAUGAGGGUAAGGGGUAUGUCCAUCUCAAUCUUCCCCGACUACACCGCGAAGACCGCCCGUGCCCGCGCUGCAUUUAAUGUUUGUCGCCAGUUACGGGACAUUGAGGGAGUCCGGUUCGGCAUUCUGCAUCCAGGCAAGCUGCGCAUUACGUACAAAGGGGUGCAGCGGGAUUUCACCUCGCCAGAUCAAGCCAAGAUCUACAUAAAGACAAUCGAAUCACUACCUCCAGAAAAGUAA